GAGAGAGAGAGAGGGAGCGAGGGGAAGAGUGUAGUCAGCAGACGGGCUGUGCUGCGAUGCUACUGGCUGGAUUUAUACCGGCUGUUCUUGACGUCAUCAGGCUGACACAGAAACAGGUUUCAACAAGUGCUGUAGCCGCCACUGAGGAAACAGAGGUGAAGUAAUGUCCUUCUGUGAAAUGGAGGUUUUCACAAUACGAGAAUCGCUCAGCUUCCGGCAUCUCUCUCUUCCUGUAAACAACGUCCAACUUGACGCGUAUCCAUGGCAACCAGUGUCGCUACAUCAAGGUCCGGUCAUCUCACAGCGCAUCCCGUUACCUUACUGAGGCUAACAGGCGAGGACAUGACAGCAGCAACAAACUCAUGGAGGAAUAAAAAGUGAAUGAAAAUAAUAAUAAUAAUUAAUUUUGAAUUCAUGUGUUGUUUUGGGAAGCCAUGACGUCCUCACAGAGAGCCCAGUACGGCUGCGAGGCGGCCCGUAACGUUAAAUGGAGAACAGCAGCUCCUCCUGCCCCCUUGUUGAAGCGUGCAGGUGGGGCACCCCAGCCGUGGCCCAUUCAGCCUCACCCUACAGGACAGGUGCACAGGUCCCACAUCCAUCCUCCUCACCUCCCUCUCUUCCACACCCGGCAUGCAGAUGAGAGCGCAGAGAGACCACAUCUGGUCACCAUCGUCCGCCCCUGUAGUCAAAACACACUACGCAAGGUCACAGUCCUGUUGAACCGUAGGGGUGUGGUGUCCUUUGAGCAGCUGCUAUUGGAUAUCUCAGAGGCUUUGGGGUUUCCUCGCUGGCACAGAUCCAGAGUCACACGCCUGUACACAACCCACGCACGGGAGGUGAAGGGUGUGUGUGACUUCUUCCGAGGCGAAGUGGCCUUCCUGGCACUAGGUAGGGCUCGUCCAGAGCUCAGCGGUGUGCAGGAGGCUCUGGAGGAGCUGUUUCCUGAUCAUUCCCAUUACCGUGCUGACGCACUGCGGGCCUGGGAGAAAAGACUUCGUCCAGUGCCAGAUAAAGCAGCUAAGGCUGACAGUGGAUACAGUGAAGGGACAGACAGCAGCGAGACUAACCAAGAGACACAAAAGGACACAAAUACACAUGUCAAAAAUCACGUUAACACACACACACACACUACACAGCCGCCGCCUCGUCGUAUAGACACACACCAGCCUGAAAAUUACAAGUCAGAUGCUCAGAAGUGUCAUAAAAAGAGCCGAAAGCCUGCUCACCUGCCCAAUCACCUGCAGAGACUGCGUGUGAGGGCCGGGGUCAGAGAGCGAAAGCCUUCUGUCAUUGGUCCAUUUAAACAUGAGGACAGUCUUAGAGAAGCAGACAUACCAUCUCCUACGCUGUGUGAAAACUGCUUAGCAAGGAGAGUUAAACACCAAGAAGCAGAGCGGAUCAAUCCCCUGUCAGGGAAGGCCCCACUUCCUCCUGUGUCCAGGAAGCAAAAAGGAAGUUCUUACACAGAAGAGGAAGUGAGGAAAUCGGACAUUCAUAUAAGCCCGCCACCUCCUCAGCCAAUCAGCAGAGAGGAGGAGAAGAGUGUCGCCCAGUUAGAACUUUCAAAUCCACUUCCAGAUGUGGAACAAGUACCCAAGGACACACAGCAGACGACGACCUUUGACCUUCCCUCAGACGACAGGGAAGUCACCCAGGCAGAUAUUGAGCGUUGCUAUGAAAUUGGACGUGUGGUCGGAGAUGGUAACUUUGCUGUAGUGCGAGAAUGCUGCCGUCGUGACAACGGACAACCCCUUGCCAUGAAGGUUAUCGAACGCUCCAAGCUGAUUGGUCGAGAGCACAUGAUGCAGAAUGAGCUGAGCCUUCUGGGUAGCCUCUGUCACCCUCGUAUUGUGCGGCUCUUUGCGCACCACCACACCCAAACUCACUCCUACCUGGUGAUGGAGCUGGUGAGCGGCGGGGAUCUGUUUGAGGCCAUCAAUGAGAGGGGGAAGUUUUCAGAGGAGGAGGCAGGACUGAUGGUGUCGGAUGUGAGUGAAGCACUGAACUACAUCCACUGUAAAAGUAUCGUCCACCGAGACCUCAAACCAGAAAACCUACUGAUAGAGCAUAUUGCUGCUGGCAUCUGUAGGCUGAAGCUGGGAGACUUCGGUCUUGCUAUGGUUGUGACCGAACCAGUCUUCACCAUUUGUGGGACACCUACAUAUGUAGCCCCAGAGAUUCUCUGUGAGACAGGUUAUGGUGUUGCGGUGGAUGUGUGGGCUCUGGGUGUUAUUCUCUAUGUCCUGCUGAGUGGAUUUCCCCCAUUUCGAAGUCGGGAUCGAAACCAGGAAGAGCUGUUCCAGCUAAUAAAACAAGGACAACUCCACUUCCUAUCCCCCUACUGGGACCCCAUCUCAGAAGAAGCCAGAGGUCUUGUCAGAGCUCUUCUUCAACCAGAUCCCACGGUGAGGCUGACAGCAGAGCAGACCUUGCUGCAUCCCUGGGUAAAGGCUAUGGCUUCAAUUUGCAGGCAGAGGGCACUCACAGACAAAGCUCAGAGGAACACAGCAGAUACUGGAGCAGAACCAGACAGAGUGCAUAGACAAGCUCAGUCCAGUGCAGCAGAAACAGUGACAGACAAAGACAAAACACCAGGACACACCAGCAGGGAGGGAGAAAUCACACAUAGAGAGCCCAGCAGACAAACUGAGAUGAACACAGGGAGAGAACAAGAUGAAGAUGAACCACUACAGCAAGGAUCAAAAGAGACAGGUACAAAGGAUACACCUGGUCAACAGAGACCAGAGUGCACCUCUAUAGACUCUGGUCGAGAAAUACAGGAUCCAGGCAGACCGGCCAGUCAGUGUGUUGAACUCAAUCAGCUCGGUGACCCCCCCAGGUGAAACUGAGCCUUCACAGAUUAAGAUACAAUCAAAACAAAAUGGCCAACAGCAGUCACCUCCAUAUUCAUCAACUUCAACCAAUUAGGUGCAGCACCACCCAUCCUCCAACCGAGCAGCAGCUUCUUUAUCUCAUUCUCUCCUGUAGGACCCCACCCAGCCGAAAACUACAACAUUCACACCACCAUCACCCAGCACUCACCUCCACAGACUUGACCUUACUGUUUAACUGUGUGAUUAGAUCAGGCACAUCGCUUUUAUUGCUACGGACAAUACCGCUGAUUUCUCAUCAGUCGAAUCCUCGAAUGACCUGCGGAUGAUGUGAUUUACUCUCUUGGGGUUGAAUAGGGUCUGAUUGAUGAGGCUAGAUAAAUCCCAUAAAUGUGUGUAAUCAUAAAUGCAUCAUGAGGUGUUGUGUAAUGACUGACGUAUGUGUCCAUCUAGGAUUACAAGAUGAAGAUGAAAAUUAAUGGAAUAGAGCUGAUAAAGGGAGCCUCAGUUUGGAUUUAAAUAGAUCUGGAGUUUAUAAUUGUUUCUAAUGUUGUUGUGUAUUCAUGAAAAGACAUUUUAGUACAUUUCUGAAGUGUUUUUGUGUUUGCAAACCAUGUUUUACUGUGAUGAUGUGAUAUGUGAUACGUGUCUGCCAUUCCUUGUAGUAGCUAUUCUUGAUCCUCUUUUUUUAAAUCAGUAAGAUGUCGAUUCCUAGAAAUCUGUGCUGGGAUCAUUUAUCCAGCAACAUUUGUUUACUAUACAUUCAUAAACUAUAAAUACCGCUGAACUUAGACCUUUUCAUGUUAGUCUUAGUAAAAGUUUGCCAUAUUUACUAAACUCUUGAACGCCAUCUUUCUGACAGUGUGUUUAUUUUGUACUGGGUUUGGUUGGGCUGCUGUUUUGAAUUAUUAGUCCUGGCACAGCCAGCGAUUUAGCAACCUAUGGCAACAUUUGGACAAAUUUAUUCACCCAGUAACUCAUAAUGGGAUUUUCCCAGCUUUCACAGGACUCGGUGUGACCACAUGCAGCUACUGGGUAAACUGUGUGUGCAUAGUUGAGGGUGGUAUAGCUCCCUUUGCCA